AGUCAGUUCCCAGUAACUUCCCCCUCCUCCAUCACACAAUGCGUUGUUCUCUAGCUUAGGCUGUUUAGUGUUUGUAUGUGAUUAACAGGCACAGAAGGAACUUAUUUACACUUGAGUGCAAAGGGAAAGGUUAUAUCAUUGGGAUAUUGUUACAGGAUUCUAAGAAAUGGCUCGUCAUCUGUGUAUUGUGUUUGCUGCUAUCUUUAUCACAGGUGUUUUAGGAGCUGAUUUGAAAUAUCUUCAUGUUAAAUAUGCCCUGUGGGACGGCUUCUACAGUCUUCCCUUGACAAUCCAUGAGAUACAGGAGGACAACCCACCCAAGUUUGUGAGGAUGUCUCAUGACGAACAACUCAACGUCGACUUGUACUCUUACCCUAACGACCCCCGGGUUUCUUUGCUCUUUGAUACCUACGGAAACAUCGCUGGGCUUCGUACUUCUUAUAUCAAGGAAGAUGUGGGGAAGAGAGCAGCAUCUUUUAACAUGAGUUUCAACUACAGCUAUGACAACAAGCCGAUGUACACGAGCGGUAACUACUGGGGGAAGGAUCUCUGGUACACAAGCGUGCUGUUUGUUAACCCAGAUAAACUGAAGGCAGGAGGUCGGUCGGAGACUGGAGGUUUGGUGGCAGAAGAUAUUUACCUGAAGGUUGAUGGCACUUGGACUCGUAUAUCUAAGGAAGAAUGUAAUGUUGAAGCCCAAGGAUUUACCAAACAAGCUUGCUUUGUAGGAAUGGGAAUGCACUACUUUUACAAAGUGACUCCCACAAGUGAAUGUGCAGAUUUUCAAGGAACAUUUUUGCUUUAUGAGCAAGGGAAACUUAUUGGCCUGGGAUUCAAUCCAUUUGGAGCAUUCACCUCGAAAGACAGAGUGUGGUUUGAAGACGUCCCUCCAAAGGUUGUUAAGGACAUUGUACCAAACGGGCCAGAAUGUAUGACUGACUGGGUCACCCAUUACGGAGCCACGUCUUUUCACAUCUUUUUCAAGAGGUUUCCUCGGGUGACGAUCUGCAGCUGGCCUUGGCAGAAAGGCGACCGAUGUAAUAAACAAUAGGGCUGUACACCUAAUAAAUACCUAUGGUACUGUACUGAAUAUUAAUUAAGUAUUUAAAUUAUUUAGUGAUAUACAUUGCUAAUAAAUUUAUAUUACUUUUUUA